AUGACAGACGAUGAUGCCAAAUAUUUCAAUGCAUGGUGCCAAGAAAUGGUGAAGGAUGAGAAGCCAAGGCGUUUGCUUUGCACGUGGCAUGUCAUAAAAAACUGGAACAUCCAAGGGAGAAAUAAAAUAAAGAAAAUAGAAAUCAGAAAAGGAAUGAAAUACAGAAUGAGGCAUAUAUUGAAAGAAACUGACCAAACCAAAUUUCUAGAAUUGAAAGAAGAGUACUUCAAAUAUUUGGAAGAAGAAUGUGAAUAUGAUUUUUUGAAAUAUUUACAGAAACACUAUUUUCAGAGUAUUGAAAGAAUAAUGAUGUGGUCCCAUUGCUACAGGAUAAAUGUUGGUAUUAAUACUAACAUGGCUAUUGAGAGCCUAAAUAAAGUGAUAAAAUACAAUAAAAUGAAGGGAAAGCAGAACCUACGAAUAGAAAAAUUAUUAGAUUUAUUAGAAGAUCUAGUACAAGAUAAAAUGUGGAAAAAAAUUAUUGAUUUGGAGAGACCUAACGCCAAUUCCUACCAAAGCAGAGUAGGUAGAGAAGCUCAUAUAAAGGCUGAAAAUGAAGUAAAGGACAAAGUGAUAGUAUUAGAUUCUGGUGAGUUUAAAGUUUUCUCGACUUCGGUAAGUGGAAAAUUUUAUAUAGUUAAAUAUAACGAGAUGUGUGACGAUGAAUGCAGAACCUUGUAUUGUGACCAAUGCAAAGUAUGCAUUCAUAAGUAUCAAUGUCAGUGUCCAGAAUACACUAUCAAAACUGCAUUGUGUAAACAUAUUCAUGCAGUUGCUUUGGCCGAAAAGAGGAGCGAUUUUGUUGUAGGUCCAGAGAGUGAUGAAUCUCCAUUAUGUAUAGAUGAGCCUUCGACUAGCAGAGUUCGAAAUCAAAAUGAAGUUGACAAUUUUAUUGAAGAAAUAACAGAAUCUCAAAAUACUGUUUCCAUUGAUCCUAGUACCAAGCGUGAGACUGUAUUGAAAGAUACAUUCCUGAAAUUAAAAUCAUUGGAUGAUGAAGAAUUUUAUAAGAUGGUAGAGAUUAUCAAUAAAACUUAUAAUAGUUCUCAAGCCAAAAAAACCCAAAGAGUAGAAAAAAGGAAAAUAGAAAAGCAAUUAUAUUAUCCUAACAAAAAGUAGAAUAUUAUGAAUGUUGGUGAUGGAAUAUUAUUCACAUUUAUAACUUGCUUUUCGUUUGAAUUUAGAAGGUUAAUAUUAAUCCACUGCUGCUUUGUGUUGGUUUUCAUUUUCGAUUACUUUGUAGAUAUCACUUAGAGGGUGUGAAGGUGGGGAGGUGGUGGGUCAAUAUCUACAUCUAUCAUGGAUGUCUGAUUUGUAGAAUAUGUGUGCUUCACUUUAGAAAUGAUAAUGCAUGAAUUUGUCUUUUUAGUGAUUGUGAAAUAUAAUUUCAUUCAUGUAGGUAAAUGUGGUUUUAUUUUGAUUUUGGAUUAUCUAAUUAUACUAAAGAAAUGUAUAAGAUUGCUUAAUUUAUAUCCAUUCUGAAUACAUUUUGUUUGUUUGUAGUGUUCACUUGUGUUGCGCACUCAAACUUACUCCGAGUAAGCUCUGAUUACUCAAAUUUACAAAUGUAUGUAUGUCCUC